AUUGAAUAUGAUGGUCAAUGAAUUAAGCCCUAGUUCAUUUGGUGAACAUAUGGAUCAUUUAGCACACCAUCUCAUCACAACUGAACGAAGUAGAGAAUCGGAAAAUACCCUAAAAUUAGCUCUGAGUCGUAUACUUUAUAUGGUUGGUGGCAUCACAUCUCAUACACAACAACAGUACUUUAAAAGUCGACAACUGGAUCAUUUUCUUAAACAGGCACUUGAUUGUAAACCCAAAUUGGAUCCUGGUUUUGAUGAUACCAUGAGUGAAAUCUACAAAGCAUUUCUCACAAAAAUGGAUGCUUCUCCAAAGGAGGCCAGGAUAUUUCUAAUGAAACAACGAAUGGAGGUCCUUACUGAAAACAAUGAAGAUAGUGAUUUGAUGAAAAUGCUGGACAUCCUGGAUUAUUUAGUCGCUGAUGCUGCUCCACUCCCGGAUAGUAAAUCUAGUGAAUUGACUUGGUACCGUAAAACUGCAUAUUCUUGAUAUUCUUUUUAGGAAAUCAUUUAUAACAUUAAACGACGGAGAAUUAUGUUCAAAUGCUACAAAAAUCGCAAGAAAUAAAAAUAGAUUGCUGUGUGAAGACAAUGAUGAUAAAAAAUCUGCUCUAGGACGAAAAAUUAACUUGCUUCUUAAUGCAAGCUUCAUGGAAAUAAGCUCCUCUGAAUGGAAGAAG